AUGUGCGCGAUAGAUGAGCGCGAUUGGUCGACUAAUGGCGGUCGGAGCGGCGGAGGGCAGCGGAGGAGGCUUCCGGAUGUGUGGGAAGCGGGGGAGGGAGCCGGUGCGGAGGGGCGGAAUGCGGUGGGAGAGGGAGGAACUGCUCUAGGGGAGGGGCGGGGUACACCGGGGGAGGGGCGGAAUGCGCUAGGGGAGGGGCGGAGAUGGACCGCGCGGGAGGGGGCAAGACGAGGCGGAGCGGAUGCAGCGAAGGGCGCAGUGUGGCGCAGAGGCGUAGUGGAGAAAAGGGAGACGACACGGGGGAGGGGGGAGGCAGGGGAGAGGGAGGCGGCAGAGAGAAGAGGAGAUGAAGAGGGGCAGGGGGGGGCGAGUGAAGGCGAUAUGGACUCAUGUGGAAGGGCUGAAGAGGGGAGAGGAGGAGGAGGAGGAGGAGGAGGAGUGGCGCAAGGAGCGAGCAGCAGAAGCAGAGCGGACACAUGGGAGGGUCCGUUGCGGGAAAAAGGCGGGAAUAAGGAGGGCUUGAGAGGAGGCAGAGGCACGGAGGAGGAGGAGGAGGAGGAGGAGGGGCGCAAAGGGCGAGCAGCAGCAGGAGCAGCAGCAGCAGCAGCAGCAGCAGCAGCAGCAGCAGCAGCAGCAGCAGCAGCAGCAGCAGCAGCAGCAGCAGCAGCAGCAGCAGUAGUACAGACGCAAGGGAGAGGAGGGGGGGUGGCACAAAGGGCGAGCAGUAGCCGAAUGGAAACGUGGGUGGCUCCUUCUUGGGAGAAACGAGGCAAGCGGGCGUGGUGGAUGGAGGAGGAGGAUGGGGGGAGUGGUGGGGAUGGGAGGAAUGCACGGGAUGGGGGUUCUGAGGAGGAAGGUGAGAGAAGAGCGAGGGGGUUAGAGAUGGAUGGAGAAGGCAUGGAAGGAGAAGGAGGAGUAGAGAGAAAGGGAAGAGAAGAGGUGUAUCCAUGGGAGGACGUUGUAUCAUCAACCGCAGCAGCAGAUGGUGGGUCUUCCGGUGGUGCAACCAUGGGGGCGGUGGCCGCAGGCGCUGAUGUAUCGGAUGAGCAACGGCUAUCAGCAUGUGGAGCAGCAUGUGGUGUCACUACGGCCACUGGUGAUGGGUCUUUCUAUGGUGCAUCCACAGCUGUCGUGGCUGGAGUUUCUUCAAUUUCAGCUGUAUUCUACCAGCAGUCACAUUCCCCUGACAGAGCAGUGCCAGCAGUGGCAGAAGCAGAGGAACAACUCCUGGUGGGUGUGGGUGAUGGUCCCCCCACACGAGCACCAGUCGUGGAAGCAUCAGCAUCAGACGCUGCAGAGCCGGACACAGCAGAAACACACGCAGCAGAGGAAGCCAAAUUUCAAGCACCAGCAGUAGCAUCAGGAGCAAUAGACACUGCAGAGCGAGGCACAGCAGAAUCACACGCACCAGGGCUUCAAAGUGCUGCGAGCCCGGCUCCUUCCCCUGACAGGGCUUCAAAGGGCGGCGGGCUGGCAGGGCAGUCAAGAAUCAUUCAGAAGGAGCAGUGGCCAUGGGAUGAGAAGGAGGCGGGGAUCACACGCGCAGGCAGCAGUGCUGCUGCUGAUGGCGAUGGUGGUGGUGAUGUUGAUGGUAGGUCUCUAGCGUUUGUGGAGGUGAAGCUGGGGAAGGUGUAUUCCAGAGAGCUGGUCAGACACCUCCCUGCCUUCAUCGACCAGCUCGUCCUCCAGUUGAGGCUUCAGGUGCCUUGUCAGGCUGUAGCCCUCAAGUCCAAUUCCCACUACGCCUUCCACUCCUUCCCCCACCGCGCGGCCAUCGCAGUGCACCGCUCUGCACCGCAUCUGCUCGCGCGGUGGCUGAAGCAGACAGCCAAGCAAACCUUCGCCCGCACUGGCGCCCUCAUCACGCUUGCUGCUGCCAUGCAUGCUCGUGAUGAUUCUGAUGAAGCUGAUGCUGUUUCUGCUGUCGGGGAAAAUGCCCUUGCCAGACGAGAUGGGCGGCGUGAGGGGGAGGAGCAGGAGCGGCGGAGUGGCGUGGUGUGGGUGAGGGAUUACAUAGAGUGGUUGCACCGGGCAGGGGUGAAGCAUGAUGUGGUGGGGCGCAUCGUUGUCCGCAACCCUGCCAUCCUCGCCACGCCCAUUCAUGACCUUCAGGCUCAAGUGGACUACCUGGAGAGGCAAGUGGGUGUGAGGAGGGAGUGGAUAGGAGUGGUGCUCAGCAAGGCGCCAGGCGUGCUGGUGGAUCCGUUUGAGAAGCUUUUAGGAAAGGGGCGGCUGCUGCAUGCUGUGCUUGAGCCGCUGGCAACGCAGCAGCGGGAGCAGUGGGAGGAGCGGGAGCGGGAGAGGAGGGCGCGAGAGGCGGAAUGGGAGGAGGAGGCAAGGUUGAGAGAGUGGAGGGAGGAGAGGGAGGAAAGCGAGGGGGAGAGGAGGGAGGGAAGGAAAGGGGAGGCAACAGCAACAGCCGCAAUCCCACCAGCAGCAGCAGCAGCAGCAGCAGCAGCAGCAGCGGCAGCAGCAGACAGAAGAGCAGCAGCAGACAUAAGAUCAGAACCAGAGCAAAGAGCAGCAGCAGAAGAAUCAGAGUCGCUGGUUCUAUCUCUCCCACCUCUGGCAUCUCGAGACGUCCCGGCGUCUCUCCGCCUGCCAGACUCCUUCCAGCACCACCCGCUGCCCAAGAGCGUGUGGGAGCUGGCGGGUACAGUGGUGUACAACCACCCUCACGUGAUGAGCGAUGAUGACUUGCCCAUGGAGGCGCUACAAGGAAAGCUCGCCUUCUUCGAGUCGCUACAUGUUGGAGGAGUGGGCCUCGCAAAGGUUCGGUUCCUCGUCACCGAAGCAGGAGUUCCGGACCACGAGGUCUGGAAGGUCGUGGUGGCUCGGCCGGACCUGGUGGCGUGCCAUCUGGACGACAAGCUUCGUCCGCUAGUGCGCUUCCUGCUGUCCAUGGGGGUAGUGAGGGAGGAUGUGGGGAGCAUGGUGGUGCAGUUUCCCCCUCUGCUCAAAUAUAAUCCGGCUAUCCUCAAACCCAAGUGGCGGUAUUUCCAGCAGACGAUGCGGUUGACCGUCGACCAUCUGGUUGCCUUCCCACGCUUCUUCAGCUAUGCCUUAGACACGCGCAUUGCCCCCCGUCACCGCCUGCUGCAGCAGCAGGGGCUGUCCUUCAGCCUCCGGCACAUGCUGUGCUGCUCCGAUGAGCUGAGGGGAGAGGAGGUGGAGUGGAGAGGAGGGAGGGGGGAGUGCGGAGGAGGGGAGAGGAGAUGGAGUGGAGAGGAGGGAGGGGGGAGUGGGGAGGAGGGGAGAGGAGGUGGAGUGGAGAGGAGGGAGGUGGACCGGACAGGGAAAGAGGAAGAGGGGGGGGAAUCAGAGAAGGGAGAGGAGGAAGAGGGGGGAAAUAGAGGUGGAGAAGUGGACUGCAUCGGUGAUGGGCACCUUCACCACCAGGUUCUGCAGCUUCCCCUUGUCCCCCGGCUGCACCACGCGCAUCUUGAUCACCUGUGUGGGAGAGGGGCAGGUGGGGGAGCGAGCGGCAGGGAGGAAGCAAAGCAGGGCGGGUUGGGGUUGGGGUUGGCGCUUACGUUGCUGGUGGCGUAG